UGUCAAAGUCAAAUAAAUGUCAAAACUGCUUCGCUUUUUCUAUUAACCUUGUUUUGUUUAUUUCGAAAUGAAAAUAUCUUUAUUUUAAGUAUCGUAAUAGUUAAUCUGGCAAUGUUUUAUGUUAAUUUUAUAAUAUGGCUGUGAAAUUUUACGUGUACGGUGGCGGCCGAUGGCGCGAGGUGCGCCUGGACGGCCGUGUGUGUGGCUGGGGCGGUCGGUCCCGGUUCAUGUGCAUGAAACGCGGGAAACUGAACGUAGUGAGUACGCCGGCGGUGCUGCGCGGGCUGCGGGCGCUGGCGGCCGGCCGCCCCACCACCGUCAAGGAUGGGUUGCCUGUCUCCCAGCUCAGGUGUGAUCCUGACAAGAAACAUGUUCCCGAGCAGCAGCAGCAGCAGCAGCACACACACAGGCGGGCGGGCGGCGGCGCGGCGGUGUCGGCGAGCACGCAGUGCGUCGCCACCGCGGACGCGGCCGUGCAGGCGUCGCUGCCGGGCGCGCGGGCUGCGGUGGCCUACAUCCGCGAAACAGUGAAAACAAAAAGUACUAAACGGCUUCGGGAAACAAGGAGCCCCGUUGUGGAGAAGUCGACACGGGCAGUGAGCCCGACCGCGAAGAGGUCGCAUCGCAAGUCCACUCCGACGAAGAGGUCUCACAAACGCAAACGCUCCACGUGGUCCGAAAGCGAGCCGAGCGACAGCGAUUUCGUCUCAAAACGAAGACAUCAGUCGAAGAGGACAGUGGUGAAAAUUAGUAGCGACAGCGAACUGACGGCGCGGCCGCGGCAGAGCGUCGCGCGGUACAAGCCUAUGGAGGUGAGCAGUACUCAAAGCGGGUCAGAGUCGCCGUGCUACAAGGAGGUGACCAUAGACCUGGAGGACUUAAGUGUGCUGCGCUCCUUCCUCGCCAGGGAGAAUGUGUGGCAAGUAGACCUGAAGAAGUUCGACAGCAACGACAAAUACAAGAUGGCUGUCCUGUUUAAAAUUACGCCGCUGGUGAGCGUCGAGCCGUGCCCGCAAAUAGCUGAGAUGCAGCGUCACCCCUCGCAGGGUGUGAUCAGUUUGAAGGAAUUCGCGACAAAGCUUGGACUGAGGCGAAUCGACGCCGAGAGUAGCAGUGACAGUGAUACCGACAAGGAGAAUCAAGUCGUGAGCAGGUUUAACAGGCGUGCAAGACGAUACAAAAGAAGUAAACUUUAUAAUAGCGACAAUGGUGCAAAUAAGGAGAGACUAGCCAAGAAGGGAACCAGAGCAUCGAGUAGUAAGAGCAGAGAUAGUGUCGUAACUAAGAGUAGGAUUGAAUCAAGAAAAACUGAUAGUCCAGUUCAAUUUAAAGACAAUACGCAGCUCAACACUGACUCGGCAAAAAAGAAUAACAAAAAGAGAGUCGCUAGUGACAAAAACAAUGCUCAUAGAGAGAAUGCAAGUGUUCGACUGCAGCCGUCUGAGUCAGCAGUAAGGGAGAAGAGAAACGAUGAACAAACUAAUAAUGACAAUCGAGCUAGGAUACUAAGGAGUGUUAAAACAGACAGUAAGGGCAGCGCUGAUAUUCAAAGUAGAAUAUUAAGAAGCAGUAAAGUUAUAGACGUAAAAGAUAGUGUAGAGAGUAACGAUUCUAGUGAUGUUCAAACUAGAAUACCAGCAAGUACUAAAAUUGCUGAUAAGGCGAAUGGAAAAAAUAAGAAUGCUAGUGAAAAUCAGGUUAGAAUACUAAGAAACUCUAAAAUCUUUAGUAAGGACAGUGCAGAUAGUAAUGUUAGUGAUGCCCAAGUUAAAUUAGUAAGAAACACUAAAAUCAACAAUAAGGCCAACGGUAAUAAAACAAAAGACAAUCAAAUAAGAAUACGAAGAAAUAGAAAAAUAGAUGAUAGAGUAAUAAGUGCCGAUAGUGACAAAGUAAGUGAUAAGUCUGAUAAACUUAAAGAGAAGGACCAAGACAGCGGAAGCAGUAGUGAGUUUCAAACAAAAGUUCCAAAAAAUGAUAAGAGUGUCAGUAGUGAGAAUGAUGAUAGUGAUAAAAGGAAACGAGUGCAGUCAGCCGGGAACAAGGAGAAGCAGAGCGCCAGUAGCGGCAGUUUGAAGGCUAAAGUUUUAAAAAAGAAGAGACCUGUAAUUAAACCGCGGGCGGCUGCGGCGCGCGAGUACUCGACGCUGGAGGACCACGCGAUCGUGGCGUGGCUGGGCGGCGGCUCGCGCGCGCGCCGCGUCAACGGCAACCAGCUGUGGCAGGAGCUCGAGCCGGCCUACCCGCGCCUCACCGGCGUCGAGCGCACGUGGCACUCGCUGCGCAACCGCUACCUGCGCUACAUCCUGCCCGGCCUGCCCGCGCUCGCGCUGCCGCCCUCGCACGCCGCCCGCCUGCGGGCCGCCGCGCACCACGGUAGCCUGAAGGCGCGGAGGCGGUCCCGGGCGGUGGUGCCGCACCCGCUGCACGCGGCGCCGCCCGCCGCCACGAGUGCGUGGGCCGCGCGGCCGCGGUCACCGCGCCGCGACCACUCGCCGCCGCCGCGCGCCGCCGCCGCCACCGCCACCGUCACCACCACCGCCACAACCGCCACAACCGCCACAACCGCCGCCGCCACCUCUCGCGGCCACGAUACCGACUCGUCGUGCGAGGGCGGCGCGUCGUACUCGCGGCUGGUGCGCCGCCUCGCCGUCCGCUCCACGCCGCGACCCUCCCCCAUACCCGCCACCACCGCCACCACCGCCACCACCGCCACCACCACCGCCACCACCGCCGCCACCACCGCAGCCGGGCCGCGCACCAGGAAGCUGUACAACCCCAACUGAACAGCCCGCGGCUCGCCGGUCCGGCAGUGUCAGCGUGUUCCCAACUGUCACACCGCUAUCCGGGCUGGUAGGAAAAGCUCCCUGAACCGCAGUGUACGGUACGAACUGAAGUCGUCGGUAUUCUUUGUGUUUUGUUUUAUCGUUCGUUUGCGCCACGUUUCUGCGGCGGAACGAUGAGUGUGAGCGGUGGACUCGUGGCAGUGUGGUCGCCGCACAGUACAUGUCACUUGUACAUUAUGUACCGUGUACCGCAUACCGUACACUGUGUACUGUGUACUGUGUACUGUGCCCGCUGCAGCUCGGUGCCGAUGGCCGGUCACUAUAUUAUUAAAAUAUAAGAACGGAAGGACGGCAUGUUGACUGCACGUUGUUGCUUUCAAAAUGUAAUUAUGUUCAUAUUUUUAUAAUCAUCGUGUGCAGUAGUUGUCCGUGUGUGUGUGUGUGUGUGUGUGUGUGUGUGUGUGUGUGUGUGUGUGUGUGUGUGUGUGUGUGUGUGUGUGUGUGUGUGUGUGUGUGUGUGUGUGUGUGUGUGUGUGUGUGUGUGUGUGUGUGUGUGUGUGUGUGUGUGUGUGUGUGUGUGUGUGUGUAUGUGUUGUAUAAUUUGUAAGUCGAUAUCGAUACGUCUGAAACUGUUUAUCGACAAUUUUUAAUUUUUAAUCGCAUUAUUACAUUUCUGUUUAGCCAAAGGUUGACUGCGAGAGAAUGCUACGAGUAUAUAGUAUUAAGUCCGCCUUUUGUACCACAAAUUUAUUUUGUAAUAUGGUCAAUUAAGAAUAAAUGAAUAAAUAUUGUAUUUCAUUCCAUUUUUAAAAUGUAUGUUAAUUUCUUAUUCGAUGUAUAUAUACAUAUGGAAAGCAAAAUCAAUGAGCGCGCUGUGUCCCUGUCGUCCCCGACAAUUGUUUCGACAUCACCCGGAAGCCUUCUUCAGGGGGCGGACGGCGCUUUGUAAGUUUAUUGACAAAAACGACAAAAACACUGUGUUCAUUAAUUUAUCAUUCCAUACGGCGAGCCGCUACUAUAGCAAUGUAUAUAUUAUUAUACGUCAUUGUUGAUUUUACAUUACGGUGUACAAGAUCUGCUACAAUCAUAGAGUUAAGGAUUUGUUUUCUGGCAGCGAGUGUCUGUCGUCAUACACACGCAUACGACUAGGUGAGGUGCGGUGAGGUGUGUAUAGACGCUAUGUUUAGACGCGUGUUUCCUUGUGUAACAGCUGUCGGUUAGUUCGCGGACGUGCGCGCUUCCCUGAGAGGGUGUCACUUGCAAAUGGCUGUGUUAGUUUGUUUAGAUCUAAGGCGACCUGUAACAUACUUGUCCACAACUUGUAUCAUAAAAUUAAUGUUUAAUUCUUUUUCUUGUCUUAUUUAGUAAAUAAUCUUGAUGUAUCUUGUUGACCAAUAGUUGCGUUAAGAGAUAUUUUAAAUUAAUAAUAAGUUAUACAAUUGUAAGAAAUCAUGUAAAGUAAAUAUUGUUAACUUGGAAUUAUAAAUUGUUGUACUCGGAAUGGUCAAGAUUGUUUGCCAAGUAAGAGAGACAAAUAUUGUCUAGUUUUAAACAUGGCCGCGUCUGUGCGGGCGUUUUCAAAUUAUUUCGUUUUGUUGUCGAAAUAAUAUAUUUUUCUAUUGCAAUCAA